AUGGAGCCACAUGAAAUGGAAGUUAGCCAUGGGUGCGAUUCUCCACCUCAGCAAUCUCAAACUCCUCCUUCUCCCCAUGCUGCUAUUGGAAAUGCACCACCCCCUCAGCCUGAAAACCAAACUCCAUCCAACCAAAAUUAUCAAAUUAUGCCCCAGCAUACGGGUCCUCCUCCUUCAACAACAAAUUCAAACAGCCACUAUAUACUGCCGUCUCAGAAUAAUGUGAUGAUGGCUACUCAAAUAGGACCUUAUCCACACAUCAAUGCUCCUCAUCAAACUGCUCAACGCUCAACUUCUCAUGGAGGGCAAAAUCAUACGGAACCUGCUCCUGCCCCCGUGCCUCAAAACAUGGAUUCUACUGAGCAACCUCAUCAUCCUCAUUCUAAUUAUCUGCCAGGCUCCAUUUAUAGUUCCUCGGGAUCUCCUAAUCCAGAACGUUCCUGUGUUCUACCAUCAGUUUUUAGUCCAAUGACCACUCAAGGAGGAUCAAAUCCGCCUAGUCAAAAACCAUCAUUAUUAACUCAAGCUCAAAAGAAUCAACUCAGAGCACAAAUGAUAGCAGAUGAACUUCUCUCUAGAAAUCAGCUAGUUCCUGAACAUAUUAUUAUGGUAAUGCAAGGAAAACGCUCAAUGCAAAAUCAAGCAAUGUGUUCUCUAAGACCAUCUGAUGCUCCAUCCCCUGUUCAAUCCAUAAGAGAAUCAGGGCCACAAAGUCAAUCAUCUUCGCAAAAUAUGAGUGGAAGGACGAUGACACAGCAAAUGCCACCUUUCCAGCCUCAACAAGCUGCUGCUGCAUCGGCUGCCUCACAACAUCCUCCACUGAACAAUGCACCCGAAAAUUCCAAUAUUCCACCAUCAGUUCGUAGUCCAAUGCCUACCCAAGGAGGAUCAGGGCUGCCGAGUCAAAAAUUAUCAUUAACUCAAGCUCAAACAAAUCAACUCUGGGCACAAAUAAUGGCAUUUAACCUUCUAGCUACAAAUCAGCCAGUACCUGAACAUAUUAUGGCACUGCAAGGAAAAUGCCCUAUCCAAGUAAAGUAA